AUCAUCUCUUCUCCUACAAUUCGCCAACGGCAAGAAUAUAUCCUUCGCGUUUUACAAGUCAAGAAGGUUCCAUUCACGUCUUACGACCUAGCUUCGGACGACGAAGCAAAGAAGCUAUGGCGGAGGAAGGCUCCACGAGACAAGCAGCUACUGCCAGGCAUCCUUAUUGGCGACGAGUUCCCCGGUGACUUCGAAGCAUUGUGCGUCUUACGCACGCCACAGCGCGCCACAAUUUCAUUAAUAUGCUGUGUAGCGAGGAAGCUGUCGAGUUCAACGAGCUCGAGCAGUUCCUCCGUCUCAAGGAGGAGUGGAAGCCGUUCGAAGAUGACAAGCCUGCACUCCCCGCGCAGCCCGUCGGCGUGGCAGGAGCGUACACGCCCGCACAGAUGCAUCCCCACCAUCAGCCCACACCUUCGCCACAGCCUUCGCCGCUCAAGAGUAAGGCGAAAACAACUGCAAGCAAGGCAAAGGGCUUUGAUGCAGGGGAAGAGCUUGGUGAUUCCCGGCUGCAGGGCGUCAACGUAACCGAUGACGACCUCCUGGCGCUCGUAGAGGAACUUGGCCUCGGAGGGGACGACGCGAGCGACCUUGUGAAGGGCCUCACCGGUGACAGUCAUACUCCAGCAGUGGAUCAAGAGGCUGCGACAACGAAGGUCGAUGCAAAGCCUAAGCCAGACGAGGUGAAGGGCGGGGAGACCAAGCUUGACGAGGGGAAAGAGAAGCUCCAGCUUGAAGAGAAGGAGGACAAGGAUGAGAUCAGGGAGCGCAAGUCAGAAGAGAGCGCGCAGCCCAAGCUAGAAGAGACAAGCGAGUCGACUUAGAAGUCGAGACGUGGAACCUUCGCGAGUCUUCAUUUUGCCUCUUUUCGCGUAGUGUUGAGCAUACAACACGCGAUAGCUAUCAUUUUGGACCUCUUCAUUUAGUACAACGGAAUAUGGAUAGGAUUGCGGGUAUGGGGUAGGAAUAGUGGGUACGUUACCCUGCGUCAAAGCCACAACCACUGCAGGUACAAUUACAAUACUGGAACAUUCAUCACAC